GGCCAUGUUUCCGAAACACAAACAACAAGAAGAGCAGCGACUAGGAGCCAGCAGACACAUACUGAUACGCAGCAGCGACCGUUGGUGGAGAGGGAAAAUUAAUAAAUAAAAUACAGAGCACGACUUUCUGAAAGUACGAUUCUGUCGAAUGAGUACGUUUACAGUGUUUAAAGAGACCAAUGCAUGCGAUAUAUUGGCUGUAGACACACCGUGCAGACAACCAGUCUUGUAGCUAUAAACAGUGAAGUGGCGCAAAGGGAGGAGGACAGGAAAUAAAGGAGUUACCUAGAGGGGUCUCCGUCAAUCCACAUUUCAGUUGGAGCGAGAGGAAAAGGCACGGAGGGAUAGAGAGUGAAAGGAGAAGAGGAGUGCUAGUCGCGUCUGCUCUUGGCAGCUGUUCCAGCAGCCGGUUUCAUUGUUUUGGCUGUUAUUUCGUUCCUGCGUUACCUUUUUGACGAAUCAGUUCGUAUUUUUAACUUUAAUGUGAGAUAUAACUGCUGUACAAAAAAAGAAAACAUUAUUACUAGUAAGAGUGUUUUAUUUUGUUCCGUUGUUGAUUUCCAAGGUUCUUUUUGUUUCUUUUUUUUUUAUGUUUAACAACCUUUUUCGGCUGUGAGUAGCAGGAGCUUCCAUUCUCCAACCUAGUCAAACCCCCUUUCCUUACGUAGUUAGAAGAUAGAUAACCUGGUAUUCCUCAAACACCUGAAACUGGCAGCUAUUCUCUUUAAAUCUGUGUGUUUGGGGAGCUCUGUGACCACAGCUUAAGCACCACUCAGCCUUCUAGUCACCCAAGCCUAACUAAAGCCAGCCAGCUCAAGCCUGGUCCAGCCCAGUCCAGCCUGCUCCGAUCAUCUGGACAGGAUACUCAGUUCUGUGUGGACGUGAGGAAUAUGACUGCUGAGACUCUUAACUUCGGCCCAGAAUGGCUCCGUGCACUGUCCAGUGGGGGGAGUGUGACGUCCCCCCCUCCUUCCCCCGCCAUGCCAAAGUACAAGCUGGCCGAGUACCGCUACGGCCGAGAGGAGAUGUUAGCACUUUAUAUCAAAGACAACAAAGUCCCAGAGGACAUGCAGGAUAAGGAGUUUGCUGCUAUUCUGCAAGAUGAGCCCAUGCAGCCACUGGCACUGGUGCCGCUCACUGAGGAGGAGCAGAGGAACUUCUCCAUGUCUGUGAACAGUGUAGCGGUGCUGAGGCUCAUGGGAAAAGGGGUGGGUGGGGCUGCCCCGGCUGGAGUGGUCCGAGGACGAGGGGCCACGCGAGGCAGUCGAGGUCGUGGCCGUGGAGAAGGUGGAUUCUACCAAAGAAGUAUUGAAGAUGCAGAGGUGGGUUUUGGCCGCAGCGUUCGAGAGAUACACCGCAGCCAGAGCUGGGAUGACCGGGGAGAGCGUCGAUUUGAGAAGCCGCUGCGGCGUGAGGUGGGGCGUCCUGGCUUUGAGGAGCCUGGAGCUCCCGGGGGUCCAGGGAGGAAGGAGUACACAAGGGCUGACAGUGAUAACUGGCGCACCCUCCGGGAGGAGCAGGAGGAGGAUGAGGGGGAGCCGGGCAGUAACUGGAGGCUUGCUGGACCCCGCAGGGAUGAUGGUGGUCCUCGCUCAGCAGGCUGGCGGGAUCACAGUGGCCCUGGUGAAAGCCGCCGAAGGAAGUUUGACUUUGACUUCCGGGAUUCUGAAGGUCAUGGGGGUGGUCGUCGGCGUGCAGGCAGUGAGGGACUAGAAGAUGACAGGGAUGGGCUGCCUGAGUGGUGUACAGAUGAGGAGGAUGGGGAGAUGGGCACUUUCGACUCCUCUGGAGCUUUCAUGCCUAUGAAGAAGGGUGGCAAGGAGACAAUCCUGGAGGAGGAGCUGGAAUUUAAGGGGAUAGAGGAAGAGGAAGAGGAGGAAAGCUUUGCUGAUGCAGAGAGGAACAGUGCAGAAGGAGACAAAGAUCAGGAGAGUAAAGAAGCUGGUUCUGUGGUGAUAGAUGGUGAAGCAAAGCCAGCAUCACCCUCCUCCACUCCUCCAGCUUGUCCCCCUCCAUCUUUAGAACCUCAGCCCAACAACUCGGGCCCUGUGGUGGAAAACUCUCAGCUGAGCCAUAGCCACGUUGUAAGGGCCAGCAACACACCCAAUGAAGAUGUGGCUCCAGUAGCGGGCUCCAAGACCCAGCUAAGCCCCAACGCCACCGCCUCCUCCAGUCUGCCUCCCCCACCUCCUUCCUCUGCUGCUCCUCUUGUCCCUCCUUCUGGUGGAGACGCCGAGGACGAUGAGGGCAUGAAGCACCUACAGCAGGAGGCUGAGAAGAUGGUGGCAUCGCUGCAGGACACCUCUUUGGAGGAGGAGUGUUUCACCCAGGCUCUGCAACAGCAUCAGGAGAGCAGGAACACAGCGGCUGCUCUGCCGCUGUCACAUGAGGCCGCUAUGAAGUGGUUCUACAAGGACCCACAGGGAGAGAUCCAGGGUCCCUUCACCACUUUGGAGAUGUGCGAGUGGUUCCAGGCUGGCUACUUCACCAUGACCCUGCUGGUGAAGCGGGGCUGUGACGAGGGCUUCCAACCCCUGGGGGACGUUAUCAAGAUGUGGGGCCGCGUGCCCUUCGCCCCUGGGCCCUCUCCGCCGCCCCUGCUGGUGAGACAGCCACCACCACCGCAGCGCCCGCAGCCCAACCGGGGGCCCGCCGGGACUGUGAGUGAGAGCUCAGCCAAUGCAGAUGAUGGGGAGGGGAGGAUGCAAAGGAGAAAGAUUGUUGAUAGACACAUCAGGGGAAACCUGGACCAGGAGCGCCUGAAAAAACAACAGGAGCUGGCAGCAGCAGCUCUUUAUCAGCAGCUCCAACAGCAGCAGCUAUUCCAGCUCAUUAACAGGUGCAGUGAGCAGGGUAUGAUGCCUUCGAUGAACAGGUCGAUGUCAGUGCCAGAUACAGGGUCCAUGUGGGACAUGCAUACCUCAGCUUCACAGCCAUCAGGCGGUGAAGCCAGUCUUUGGGACAUAACAAUGAAUCCUUCUACUCAGGGUCCAACUCUUGAACAGCUUCAAAAGCUCCAGCAGGAGAGACGAGACGCUGAACUCAGGGCGAAGCGUGAGGAGGAAGAGCAGCGUAAGCGAAGAGAGGAGAAGAGAAGACAACAGGAGGAGCAGAAGAGGAGGGAGGAGGAAGAGCUCUUCAGACGCAAGCAGUGUCGUCAGCAACAGGAACUGAUCAUGAAGUUGCUGCAGCAGGCUCCCCAGCAACAGGGGCCUGGAGCUGGUGGCUCAGGCUGGAGUGGGGCUCCCUCCUCAGGCCUCGCCAAGUCAGGAAAAUCCCCGGCUCUGGCUCUACUGGAAAUGCAACAGGAAGCAGAAAGGCUUCUGAAGCAGCAGCAACAGAGAGCUCAGCAGCAGAGAGACCGCCAUACUGGUAUGUCCAUGGGGAGCUCCUCCAUGGGAAGCCAGUGGGAGAGUGUUGGCAUGUGGGGCGGGGCCGGGGGUAUGGAGGGUAAGGCUGGCAGUGGAGGCUCUGCGGGCAGCAUGGGCAUGUGGGACGAGGCUGUGAAGAACCAGUCCAGCCUGCGUGGUAACAGCAACAAUAACAUGGGCCUGAAGAACAGCCGCAGCAGCCCCUCUCUCAGCGAUCAGUACAUGAUGCGUCGGAAGCGGACAGAGGAAGAGGAGAAGCUGCUGAAGCUGCUGCAGGGUAUGAAGCCUCAGGACGGCUUCACCACCUGGUGUGAACAGAUGCUGCAUGCUCUCAACACCUCUGCCAACAACUCCUCCUCCUCUCUGGAUGUUGCCACAAUUGUGGCGUACCUGAAGGAGGUGGAGUCACCCUAUGCAGUGCUGGACUUCAUCCGGUCCUACCUAGGGGACACAGUGGAAGCCAAAGAGUUUGCCAAACAGUUCCUGGAGCGUCGUGCCAAACAGAAAGCCAACCAACAGAGACAGCAGCAGCAGUUAUCAAAGGAAGUGGCUGGAUUAAACAUGAACUUCCCUCUGCAGGACUCAAUGCGAGGUAUGAACCCAAGCACCCUGCAGUCCAUGUUUCAAGCCAACCACAUGGGCAAGGCUGGUCUCUAUGACAACCAGGGGGGAAAGAUGAAGAAGAAACAGCCCAUGAUGCUGCACUCUGACCCCAGCAUCUUAGGGUACUCAUUCCACAACACAGGCGAGUGUAUGAGCCUGAAUGAGAUGGAGAUGGUGGAGGAUUACUGAUGUGACGCAGCGCAGCAGCAAUAGCUACCUGAGGCCUUCUGUCUUUUAAUCAGACAAACCUGAUGACGAAUGUGCACUGCUGGGGGAACCAGGGGUGGGGGGUAGUGGAAAAGGGAGCGAGACAGAGGGGAGGUGCAGGGUGGAGGCGCCUGGAUCUGUGCCUCCUACCCUUUCCUUCCCUCUAAUAGAAAAAGGGCUCCCUGCUGCACCAGUUGAUCACUUGAGCAGGGGAGAGGGAGUGAGAAAGGGUGAGGUUAAAAGGAAGAUGGGUAUCCUCUGGCACUCAAAAGAUUAAGCACCUUAUACUGAACUAAUGCACUUUAUUGAGAUGGGAUUUGAAUUUUUUUUUUCACGUGUGUAUGUGUGUGUGUUUGGGAAUUAGUGCGCAUAUGGUAUGUGUACAUACACAAUAUCAGUGUGCAUUGGAACUGGAAGGGGGUGGAGACACAGUGGGGUGAAUGGUCGGGAUGUUAGGUUUUCAAAGUCAGGGGGACCUUUAGUUGAAACCUUAUCAGAGAGCAAAUCCUUUUCUCAAAAGACAAACACUGUUGAUAUUUCUCUUGUUUAGCAUUUUUUUUACGUUUAUAUAAAAAGUAAAGCUAUUGAAAAAUGGAUUAUAAAAAAACUUGAAGAUUUGCACUUGCCUAAAAAAGAAAUGACAAAAACAACAAAAAAAAUCAAACAAAUGGGGUUAGUUAGAGAAGUAAAUAUUUUUGUGAAUGUGUAUGAAUGACUGUGAGAGUGACUGAGUGUGAUGAUUGGUUUGUGUCGUAAUAUACCAGUCUGCACAAUAUUUUUUUUCUUUUCUUUUUUUGCUUACCAAGAUGUAUGAAACUUAAGAGGCCAUUUUUGUCUUUUUUGUUCAAAUGGUAAUUUUGUAUUCUCAUGAGUAGUGUAUGUGUGUGUGUCCCCUUAUCCAAAUGGGGACUGUUUGUGUGUUUUGAAAGUGGCAGAGUAAAUGAGAGAGAGAGAGGGCAAUUGCACAACACAUCCUUUCUCUCACCAGCUCUUCAUCCCCUCAUAGACUACAUAGAAAUGCAUACAUUUGUAAAUGUUAGCUUUGCUCAUCACAAGACCACCACUAGGUUAUUUUCCCUUAGCUUCUCCCUUAGGGGAGCUGUCUGUAGACCUGUAAGGUUUAACAGAUGGGGUGAAUCAUGAGGGAUAUUACUGUGUGUGCAUUGAAUGAGACUGUGUAUGUAUGUGUGUAUGCGUGUGUUUUCAGUGUGCAUGUACAUUUACUGUUCAUAGAAAUGAGUUAAGACUACAGGUACUCAUUUUGUAUACAUGUGCUUUUUUUGUAUGUGUAUGAAUGCACAUUUGUGCCUAAGACCUUGGAUAGGGUGCGUGGCCAUUGAGACAUUAACUCUUUUUUGAGAGCAAGUGUGACGUGUGUCAGUGCUCAGCACAGUGUAUGUCAAGUAUGUAAGUUUAUAUCGUAAAUAUUUCUAGUUGAGUCUUGGGGUGAUCCAUCAGAAGGUUAGUCCAGUCGGUUUUCCUGGGGUGUGAUCACAUUGCCUUUUGUCAGCUCUCGAACUUGUGAAUGAAAGGUGUCGAGUUUCUGACUUUGAAAAAAAAAAAAAACAGCAUCUUAAUGUGCAAGUGCACAGAAUGGUGCAUGAAAUGUUAGCAUAUUGUGUUACUUAUUCGUUGUUGCAAUUUGAUAAUGACGAGUUUUCUUUUUUAAUGAAAAAUAUAUAUGAAUAUAUACAUUAUAUACAAAGUUUAAAAGUAUUUGGACUAAGAUAAUGAGCACUUGGGGCUGCUAUUUUUGUUGUGUGUUUUAAAUUUUUUUUUCCUUAAUUUUUCAUUUUUGUUUCAUUAUCGCCAUGUGAAGUGUGUAUUAUUUCUUAAGAAAAUAUUGAAUGUAUUCCAAAAAAAUAACAAGAAACCCGUGCUGAUACAGACUUUUUUUUUUCCUCAGAAGAUUUCAAAAAUGGAAACAAAACACAAAAAAACUUCAAAGAUGUUAGCAAGGUCUUUUUUUUUUGGUUUUUGUUUCUCUCUCUUUUUUUUGUUUUGUUUUUCUUUUUUUAAUUUACACAGUGGAGAAGAAAAAAAACUCGGGAUGGAUACAGUUGAACACACUGCCUCUACAAUCCUGGUCGUACAAAUAGUGACUUAACAGAAAAGACUCUUUCUAUUCCAUACUGGAGCUUUGGUUGUUUACAAACCACAUGGAUAUCUGUGGGUGCAGUUUUUUUCCUCGUUAUUUUUGUUUUUUGUUCCCACAUUAGAUGGGUGGGGUUUGCAAGUGCGCUUCUGCCAUAUGGUCAUUUAGUGGUGUUUUUUUAUUUUUUAUUUUUCCUCCUCUCCUUUUGAGGAAGAGUGGCAGGCAUCACAACAACAUGGACAAGAUCUGGACCUUUUUCUGUGGUCAUGGAUCCUGAGACUUGAUCAACCAUUGAGCAGAAGCAUGGAGAAAAUCAAGGCUUGGCUCUGUUAUGUGGAGAACAGAGUGCAGGGCUACAUAACCCUAGAGGGAACUCCGAGGGCGGUAUGAGUACACCUGCUUUGUGCACUUGUCUUCACCUCAUCCCUCAUAAGCACUCACACCCUGCCCUCACCAACUCACCUAUGCACUUUUGUUCAUUCAAGCUGUGAGGUACCAUUUUGGGGAUGGGAGCACAAUUACAACAGGAGGAUUGCUACGACUUUGACAAAGUCACUGAAAAGAUAUUCCCAAACUGAAAUAAGAGACUCGAGAAGCCCGCCUUCUCCCACCUCCUGUAUAUAACCAUAUUUUUGUAUUACCUUUCAGAGUAGAAAAAAAAUUUGCAAAUCGAUGAAGGAAAAUUCAUGAGACAUUGAACAUAUGGAGUGAAUGUUCUUCAAGAAAAAACAAUCUUUUUUAAUAUAGCUUGAGAUAGACUCGGGGUGAGUUUCCCUCAGUUUGCCAGUAACCCUGAAAUACAUGGGAAUGGAAGGGAAAACCACAUGGACUAUGGUGUUGGACAUGCUACAGUGGCUCCAGGACUGACUGAUAGUUACUUAUCAAAAAUGGAUGUUGCAGUGGCUACGAAGAACCUCGCCAAGAGUGUCUGAUCAACAUGCACCGAAAAAAAGAUAGACAAGGGUUUAAAGAGCCAUUGGAAUGGUUCGUCCGCUUCGUUUCCCAACCUGCUGCCUGUCUUGAGAGCUGUAGAGUGACUGCAUGAGGAAAUCGUUGGCAUUGGAGUCCGGCUGUGCUUUAUUUGCUGCCCUCUGCAAGGAGGAUCUAAUCUUCAGCCAGCCCAUGACCCAAUUAACCCUAAUGCCUGUCCUUUGAACUUAAACCCUAGGAAACUUUUCUGUCUUGACCUGGGACUGGGCAAGCAAUGGCAUUAUCAGUUGGACACUUAACAGAUGAAGUUACAGGUUUAUCGACCGUGGAUCCCAUCUAUGUUGGAAGUGUUUGGGAUUUGAUUCGAUGCUCUCCAGUGAGGAUGAGGAUGAGGUAGAGGAGAAACUCCUCUGCAAUUAUAGAGGCACGAUCUGCUCAGAGCUCAUCAUCCACGUCGGCCCGAAACUCUUUCCGAGAUCUUCUAACCAGCGGGACAGAAGACGUGCCCUCCUGCCCAGAUGUCAAGAGAGACAGAGCUGGGUUGUGUUUUGUUGGACGUGGCUUGAAUACAUCUAAGCCACCAUUAACCCCUGUAGCUGCAGAACUGGAUAAACUGAAAGAAUUGUACAAAAAAGUAAACAAAGACUUUAAAACAUGACAAAACACAUACACGUAGCAACAUGUCACAUAGAGUCCAAAGGAGUGUAGACACUACAUUCACACCUACAGCAAUGUACACUCGAUUACACUGGCUCUCCUCUGGAACCAUGUCUGCACACAUAACAGGGCUACAUCAAUCAAAUCACACAUUAUAAACACAAAGGCAUCAGUGCUCAUUAGUAUAAAUGCUGAGCAGUCUGCUUUGUAAAUAUUGUAAAAGUUUGUUCUGAUUUUUUUUUUUUUUUUCCUCAUAGUGGUUUUUGCUUUAUUUCUCUGUUCAACAUGCCUUAAAUUGUAUAGUUCAGUCCUGGAUGGCUAACUGAAAAUGUUCUUUAAACAGUAAUGAAUUUAAGUUGGAAAUCACCUUGUUAACUACUAAAGCUAAAGAAAGGAGCCUUCGAUAAGACUGUUUUCUGUCAGCUAACAGAACUGUCUUGUUCUCUAUUAUCCUGAUAAAUGUACAACUGAUCACCAUGAAAGUUACUCAUUAGCUACAGAAUAGAGACGCAAGCUAUCCUUGAUUCAUAUGCUUUUGCUGGUGGUUUACUUAUUUGCCCUUUUGGUUUCCAUAAAAUGAAGAGUGAAUUCGUUCAGAUUUCCUGUUUAGAUUAUUGCUGAGGGUGCAGGCUGAAUAAAGGGCUGAAGUCUGUACAGUUGAGAGCUGAGUUGACCAGGUACAAUGCACAGAAUUGGGUUAAAUCACACAUCAGUUGCUGUGUGAUUUGAAAAAAAAAAAAAAAAAGUUGAAUGUGGUUAGGUUAAACUACAAUGACAGGACAUGAAAAUAAGACGCAUAUUGCAGCUUUUGUUAUUUCUUUUCAAUCCUGGGUGAGUGUUCUACAAACUACUAGGUACUUUUACAUUUUUGAGGACUUGGGCUUAUAUUAAGAAAUAUGACUGAAUGAUUUGAAAUAUGUAUAGGGUUUUACUUUUGACACUAAACCAUGGGGUGAGUUACAGCUUUACCUGGAUGGCCUUUCCUUUGUGCUGCUUAUCAGCCUGAUGGCACUGAAUAGAAAAGGAAUAGAUUGAAUCUGAAAUUAUCAUCUGAAAUUCCAACUCACAGAUUUGCAUUCGUGUUUCAUGUAUAUUUCAGUGGAUUUGGGAAGUUCGUGCUUUUAGUUAACCGGUAAUAAUUGAAUUGUAUACGGAUUUUAAUCUAAAUGACAACUGAUAAGGAAGAUGUAAGCUCAAACUUGUUAUACAGUCUGUUAUACAGCUGAGGUUGUGAUGAAUAGUAUCCUCCCAGAUUUGACUGUAAACUGAAAAUGCCACUGGAAAUAUUUCAUAAUUGUUUAAAUGAUACUGGAGUAACAAUAAAUGGUUACUAAGUUUAUUGUUAUCAGCUGCAAGAACAGAAAUUGACUUUAACAUAAUGAAAAUGUUAUCAAAUCUCCUAUUUGUGGAUGGCUUUGAUAAUCUAGCAUAUGUUAGACAUUUUUAAAGGCUGAUGUGCGGUAUUAGUUGUGUAAUGUCUCUUAAUGUGCAGUUUACUGCACUCAAAAUGCUUUUAAGGUAAGUUAAACUGCAAUAUUGUGUUGUCAAAAGCCCUGGAUGGUUAGUUGCUGCCUUUGACAACCUCCCAUAGCAGUCUGUCCUGUCAUUUCGUAGUUCUAACAAAGGUGACCUAAAAGAUGGUAUGGAAAUCAUACCCCUGGUCAGCUCAGCUCUUUCACUCAUUAAGUCUUUGAAUGUUGUUAAUAAAACAGCAUACAUGUAAUGAAAACUGUUUUGGAAAAGAACUGAAAUAUGUGUAAAUAGUUUGGCUUUUGUUUGUUUGAAGAACAAAUAAAUACUAAAUAAAUAGCAUUUAGCAACGA